AUGGCGACGACACAUGAACCGAUGACUUUUCUCACACUACCUCUGGAAAUCCGCCUAGCCAUCUGGAAGCUCUGCAUCUGCCCCUAUUCAGAAGCAGAUUGCUGCGAGCAAGCCGUUCCCAACUCAUCGCGCCGCCUGUCCGAAAACCCAUGGUAUCCUUCUUCAGCCCUGACAACAUUCACGUACCCUCAUCCGCGCACACCGCUGCGCCUGAUAUGCCGCCAAGCCAACAACGAAAUCAAACGUCACACAAGCUUGCCGCCCUUAAUCGCUCGUGUCUGCGAUUUCAUGUGUCUUCGACGGGCGAUAAACCACAUCCUCAACAAUCGCACGUCUACUCCCAACCAGAUUGAUCCAGCUCACAUCGCGGCAUUCAAGGUCACGAGUGAGCGAAUGAGUCUCCAUCGACCGCUGUACUCGACUUCUGGCGAGGAGACGGGGUUCAGCAUUAGUAUGAAAAGCAGCGAGUCGGAGAAUCAAGCUCGAAUUCAGCGCCUCGCGAAUGGGAUUAUCAGGGAGCUGAAGCGGCAUUAUAGGGAGGUGAAAUUUGCUCAUUCGGAAUGGGAGGAUAUGGAGGCUAGGCCGUUCACGAUCGAGGUGAAGAUGUUGUUUGAGGUUGGGGAUCCGAUCAGGACGGUCGUCUGUGGUGAUCGAGGGAGCAUGAUUAUGCCACGACAUUCAUGA